AUCGGAAGUGAUUUGGAUUGGAGACAAUACUUCCAAAUAUAGUUCUUCCUGGAAAUUAUGUGCUGUGCACAAUUGGUUUUAGAGAUUUAUUUUAACUGUCUUGUUUACUACUUUUGCUCUGGCCAUUCAGCUUUGGUACAAUUGCUGUGGACUUUUGUAUUUUAAAAAUUUAUUUAUUGUUAUUUAUCACUGCUUGCAUCAUAGUUGUGAGAUAAGUCCGGAUUAACUUCUAAUUAUAGCUGAGAAUAGUGGUCUUUAUUUGUCCUAGGAUGUAAAAAUUACUUACACAAAGUGUUUGUUUCUGACACUUAUCUGUCAGAUGAUGCUGAUUGUGAUUGUUCUCUAUGGCCAGAGCUGCUGUGUUGGAGAUCACCUUAUUAGAUGGUUGGUCCAGUAGAAAUUAUAAGGUUUUUAUAUGGUAGCACUUCACAUAUAGAGCUCACUCUUCCAUCAGCUUCAGUGCUCUGGAAGACAUCUGAGAUGUAAGCACACAGACAUCUAAAUGGCUGAACUAGAUUUCCAGUCUGUUCACAAAGGUUCAUCGGUUUAUUUAUAGGAGAGCCUCUCUGACCUCUGAAUCAUUUAAAAUUUAUGCACAAUUAUAAUAAGCUUCCAACCCAGUAGCAUAUGAGAAGCAGCAAAUCAGAAGAGUUACAUUUGUGUUAAAGGUAUACUAAUAGCUGCUAGUGAGGGAGGAAAAGGAAAAACAGAAAUUAUUAAAAAUAAAAGUUUGUGACUUGGCAGAAGGACUAAGAGCCUGUUGAUACUCCCUGAGGGUUUCACUUGUAUAAAGCAGUAUAGUGACGUUCUUAAGGAUCCCUGGGUCAUUAGCCUUUUCUUAAAUUCCAGUAAUACCUAUGUUUGUAUGGUAUUUUACACUUUGCAAGGUACUUUCAGGCAUUUAAUUCUUACAACAACCCCUCUGAAGUAGGCAGAGCAAAAGAUGCUUUUGCCAAUGAAAAGCAGCAACAGUUAAGACUCAAAUCACACAAUAGUAAGUGGCAGAGCUGGGAUUAGAGUAGAAAUCUUUCGGUGUCAUUCCAUUUGGUGUACUCCGAGAAAGGGGGAAAUAUAACACAUUUUUGAGAGAUUUUCAGCUGAAAUGGCUCAAAAUACUUAAAGGGGGAGAUGUUAGCUAUCUAGAGAUUUGAUUCGCUUCACCUCCUUCCCUGAGGAUAUUAGGAAAUUUAAGUAUUUUUACUGACUACUUGAGAAAUAUUUUUACAUGUUAUACAGCUGUGCACCUGAUAAGAGUAGCACAGAAAAGAAGGGGAAAAUGAAUUUGCCUCUGUACACUUCACUUGCCUCUUUUGUUUUGUUUUUGUGGUGCUGGGGAUUGAACCCAAGGCCUUGUGCAUGGGAGGCAAGCACUCUACCCACUGAGCUGUAUCCCUGCCCCGCUUGCCUCUUUUGUAAGAUGUGCAGAUUCUUAACAAUUCCGGUCUAGGCUCAUCUCUCACACUGACAAAUACCCUUUGCUCUGGCUGUCCCCAAAUACCUUAUUUUCUGAAGAAAUUCUGGUGAUUCACUGCUUUUGCUUGAUCAUUUUGCUACUGUAUCCUACCCCUCCUUUCUAGCUUUCUGGUCCUUCAGAACCCACUUUAAUUCUUAUAUCUCCUGUGCACAGGCAUCCUCAACUAUCAUGAUAUCAAUUACACUGUAUGCAUUAUAUCACAGUAUACUCUGUACAUUUUUUUAAAGAUGGGGGGGGAGAGAGAGAGAGAGAGAAUUUUUUAAUAUUUAUUUUUCGGUUUUAUGUGGUGCUGAGGAUCGAACCCAGUGCUCCGCGCAUGCCAGGCGAGCGUGUUACUCCUUGAGCCACAUCCCCAGCCCUCUGUACAUUUUUUUUCCAGCUGUAACUCCAGAUAGGAUCCAAAGAGGAGUUUUGCAAUCUCUUGUCUGCGUCAUAUGGAGGUUUCCUUUACCCUUCUGUGUUAGCCUCUUAAAGCACUGCAUCAACCUUGAAAGGGCGAUGCUGUGUAAAUCUUAAUGAACUUCUGUGUGUCCCAUAGUAACCUGCAGAGAGUGAAAUGUUGGCGAAUGACAUGGAAAGAAACGGACGGUGAAAGAGGAAAAAAAGAACUUUUAAAAAGGAUUUCACUGGUGAAGUUUUUCUCUUUUCAAAACCUAGGAGAGAAAAAAGAAAGGUAUGGUAAUGAAGGGAUAUCAUUUGAGGUAAAAAUCAUAUUUCAGUGGAUAAUACUUGAAAAUUUUACUUGAAUUAGCUUUUUCCUAAAAUAAACAUUUUAUACCAAUCACUACAUUCCUAUUCAAAAAAGUUUUAAUGGCAUAGGACCUCUUAAACAGGAUAAUUGUUUUAUUUGGUUUUGUAGUGUUAAAGAUUCACUUGCAUUUCUUAGGGAAUGAAUUACAGUUGUUUACCUUAUGGCUAUUAAAACUAAGAUCUGUUGAUAUGAAUUGUAUCUGAUAUUUUGUGGCCAGAUUGUGAUUAUUUUGAAGGAACAUAAUUUGGCCCCCAAAUCAUUUUAGCUUUGUGUUAUUAAAAGGGGGAGGAUCUAAGGGAAAUCAACAGUUAUUUUAAAGGUGUACCUUGCAUUUCCACAAUGCUUUUUCUUUGGUAAGAUUUGUGGUGGUAGCAUUAUUGAUUAAAUCCCAGCGUUGAUUUAGGUCAUAGAAGCAAAAUCUUACUGUAGUCUUUUUGAGAACAUUAAUCAUAGACAAACUAUUACACUGUGCUUGUUAGCCUGUUUUUCUCUGUGUGUACAUUGGUAAUAAAAAAUAACAUUGUUUUUUUUCCAUUUUCAUAUGUUCCUUAUUUUAGAUAAGGGGGGUAAUGGAUAUUUCCAUGGUCAAGAGUGUUUUUCCCCUGCAUUUAUACAGCUCUACACUCAUUUGGGAAAAGUGCUAAAGUCAGUGCCUGUCUAGCAACAGAUGGUGCUUUGAGGUUGGACACCUGGUGUACUUUCUAAAGACUGAAUGUACUGCCUCUAGUGCAUUAAUGUUCAGGAUUUAUUAGAGCUGAAUUUCUAAGAAGAAUAUGAAAAAUUAUCUAGAAAGAGGUUGGUACACCAAUAAUGACAGCAGACUGCUGCUUUGUGAUUCAGAAAAUAGUAAAUGUUUACUUUUUCUUUCCAGUUGCUGUCAUCUUCACCUAAUCGUAUUCCUAGUAGCAGACUGCUUCAAAUCAAAAGGGAAGAAGGCCUGGAUAUGAUGAAUAGAGAAACUGCACAUGAGAGGGAAGUGCAAACUGCAAUGCAGAUAAGCCAAUCAUGGGAUGAGAGCUUGAGUCUGAGUGAUAGUGAUUUUGACAAGUCGGAGAAAUUAUAUUCUCCUAAGAGGAUUGACUUUACUCCAGUUUCUCCAGCACCUUCACCCACCCGAGGAUUUGGAAAGCAAUGCUUUUCACCAUCCCUACAAAUGUUUGUGAGUAGCAGUGGGUUGCCACCAAGUCCUGUUCCUAAUCCAAGACGGUUUUCCAGCAGGAGGAGUCAGAGUCCAGUCAAGUGCAUUAGGCCCAGUGUUCUUGGUCCUCUUAAAAGAAAAGGUGAGAUGGAAACAGAAAGCCAGCCCAAGAGAUUCUUCCAGGGCACAACCAACAUGCUGUCUCCGGAUGCUGCACAGCUGUCUGAUCUCAGUUCAUGGAGGAGCAUCAAGCCGCGUCUUCCAGACAUUCCUGAGGAAAACUUGCAUGAGGAGUUUUCGUCAAGGAGUUCCACCCCUAGUGAUGAGAUUCAAACCCAGUGCCUCACACGUGGUAGUCUAACACCCCUGGAAGAGGCUGAUUUGUGUCCAAAGCUCAUGAUGAACAAUCCUGAUUAGAACUCUUCCUCUGACGUUAAGAUUUAAACUGAAGCUGAGUGCAGUGGAGUAUCCCUGUAGUCCCAGCUCCUUGAGAGGCUGAGAAAGGAAGAUCGAUCGCUUGAGCCCAGAAGUUCAAGACCAGCCUUGUCAACAUAGUGAGAUUCUGACUCAAAAAAAUAUAUUAAAUUGAACCCAA